AUGUCAGGACGUCAAGGUGGAAAAGCCAAGCCUUUAAAGGCUCCGAAGAAGAAGCAAAAUGAAGAAGACGAAGAUGAUGCUGCUUUCAAAGCAAAACAAAGAGCAGAUGCAGCAGCAAAGAAAGCAAUGGCUGAGAAAGCCAAGAAAGGUGGCCCAUUGGUAGGUGGUGGAAUUAAAAAGAGUGGUAAAAAGUGA